AUGACCUUUGCCGAGUUCGAAACCCUAUUUCUCGACAAAUACUUCCCCACACCCCUUCGCCUGGCCAAGGAACAAGAGUUCCUGAACCUUAAGCAAGGAACAAUGACCGUCACUCAGUACGAGGCCAACUACAAGGAACUGUCCCGUUAUGCCUUAACCUCCAUUCCAACCGAGGACAAGAAGGCAAGAAGGUUUGAGUCGGGGCUAACAACUGCUAGAAGGGCUGUGGUGGCUCAAGCCUUUACCACAUAUGCUGAAGUCAUGAAGUGUGCUCUCCGGCUAGAGAGUGAAGAGAAUGACUUCAAAACCCGGUGGAGGAAGGCAAAUAACAGCACCGGUGGACCGAUCCGAACCCAUCCACCAAGCAACAACCGUGAACCUUACCUCACCAAACCCUCUAACCUGCUUCAAGGCAACCAACUCUGGAAGACUACUACACCAGGGCGUGGCGAACCACAAAGAAAUGGUCGGGACUUAACGACAGUUCGGUGCUACAACUGUCAGGCUAUGGGCCACUACAGUCGCCAAUGCCCGCAACCUCAGAAGGAGGCACAUCGAGUGGUCAUAGACUACCAUCAGAAGAUGGUGACCGUGUAUACCCCCGAAGGGACUCAUUUCCAAUUUAAGGGGGAUAGACAGACGGUGAGCUCGACGAGGAGAAGAUCCAGGUGGCAGAAUCUGUAA